UUACCAUAAAAAACCAAGUCAUCUAGGAACAGUUACGACUACAUCGCCCAAAAUCCAGAAAAAUCCGAAACUCAUAAAUCCAGUGAUUUGUUCUUCAAUCUCCCUGUGGGCGCACACAAAUCCGGAUUUCCCACCAAAAAUUUCCUCCCAAUUUCCUGCAUGGCCAAGUCUCGCCCAACCCCAGUUAUAUAUAUUAAUCUUUGUUUCAAUUUCAGAAGUAGCAGCUUAUCGGAAUCGAGGUUUGAUUCUUCUGAAGCUUCUUCGUUCUUUAAUGGCGGUGUCGAAAGGGAAAUACAUCAAGUUUCAGGGCCGGAAAUGGUCCACAUUCAAGCUUUCCAAGAUAAUCAUGGUCUUCGUUUUGGCACUUGGGGUUUCCAUGUUCAUCGCCUUCCGAUUCUUCUCUCCUCCUGAAAGUUCUCAUAGCGAGCUACUCCACCGUCUCGCUUCUGUCCAGCAUAGUGCCGUUCAUAGUGAUGGGUUGGGGAAGAGAGAGGAUCAGUGGGUUGAGAUCAUUUCAUGGGAGCCUAGGGCUUUCGUUUAUCACAAUUUCUUGUCCAAGGAAGAAUGCUUGUAUUUGAUUAGUCUAGCAAAACCUUACAUGGAAAAAUCAACUGUGGUGGAUAUUAAAACUGGGAAGAAUAUAGAUAGCAGGGCGCGCACCAGUUCCGGGAUGUUUCUGAGAAGAGGGCAGAACAAAAUUGUCAGCAACAUAGAGAAAAGAAUAGCAGAUUUUACAUUCAUUCCCGUAGAGCACGGAGAAGCACUUCAAAUUCUGCACUAUGAAGUCGGGCAGAAGUAUGAUGCUCACUAUGAUUUCUUUGCCGAUGAGUUCAACAUCAAACAUGGCGGCCAAAGAAUAGCCACUCUUCUCAUGUAUCUGUCAGACGUCGAAGAAGGGGGUGAGACAGUGUUCCCAGCAGCCGAAGGGAACUUCAGCUCUUUGCCUGGGUGGAAUGAACGGUCUGAAUGUGGUAAAGGUGGACUAUCUCUAAAUCCAAAGAUGGGAGAUGCAUUAUUGUUCUGGAGCAUGAGGCCUGAUAAUACCUUAGAUCCUACAAGUAUGCAUGGUUCUUGCCCUGUCAUAAGAGGGAACAAAUGGUCAUGUACAAAGUGGAUGCAUGUUAAUGAAUACUAAUUCAAAGGGUGGAAUGAAGGUAUACACUUGUUGUGAAGAAGACUUAACUCUUAUGUUGUUCUUAGUUUAUCACUCACCUUUCUUAAAAAUUACCCUUUUUUUUUUUUUGUUUUGUUUCGUUUUUUGUUGUUGUUUGCAAACAAAAGAGUAGUUCAUAGAACAGUUGAGUUUUAGUGUACUUCUUGUUCCAAGCCUUGCUUCAACUUUAAAUUUUGCUACUUUUUUUACCUUGUUCUAAGAUAUGUUAAAUCAAUUCGGUCCUUUUGUCGUUUUGUUUUUAUUUCGAUUUGCUCGGUUCUCAAUUUGAACAUAGCACAGUUCCUUAUUUAACCUUUCGAGCCAAAAAUGUUUCAUAAACUAUGAAUUUCUUUUUUAAGUUUUAAUAGUUUGAGCUUGGUUUCAAACUUUUAAGUGGUUCUUAGUUGGGUUUGGAUCAUGUCGUGCGUCUCAUCGUAGUGCUCAAUUUAUCUUGAUUUUCGAUAGAUGAAAAAUAGGAUUUUUGACUUGCUUUGGCUACGUAUCCUCUGAACUUUUGACCUCCCACCGGUGGAAUUCUCCGUUUAUCUUGAUUUUCGAUGAAUGAAAAAGAGGAUUUGACUUGUUUCGACUACGUAUCCUUCAAAACCUUGACCCGCCACCCCGCCACCGGUGGAAUGCUCAGUUUAUCUAGAUUUUCGAUGGAUGAAAAAGAGGAUUGUUUACUUGCUUCGGCUACGUAUCCUUGAUGACCUACCACCGAUCAACGUCUGAAUGUUUUAUUGCAUGAAGAGUUUUAGAUGUAUUAUUCUUUUUCUUAGUUCAUUCUUGUACAGACCCUUCCAUAUCAGGUUAUUGUUGGUACUUCUGUAAUCGACCCGACAAAGGAAGCUGGUAGAGUUAUUAAAGACGAUACAUCUGUUGGCAAGUUGUCCUCACCCACGGGUGGGACAUUGAUGUCAGGUCUACGCUAUAGUUCGAACAUUGACUUGGGAGGUAAUCAAGUCAGGGAAACGAUGAGCACCAAGGUAUCGGGGAGAGUCAUUUCUUGCUUCAACCCUGGGGAGUGAACAUGAUAUCUCCUCGAUUCGACUGGAGAAUAGGUCUGGAUGGCACGACCAUUGCUUAUGAUUUUACAGGUACAUUGGCACACUCAGUCCGUUCAUCGUUUCCCUUUUCCGAACUCGGGUUUUUAUGAGGUUGGGAACUUCUUUGUGCAAGAAGAACAAACCAUCAUUCUCCCAAAAACGAAGAUUGCGAUCAGAUUCUUGAAUGAGAGUUAACAUACGAGACAAGACGUGACUACAAAUAUCAACAGCUGCAAUGCCAACAAUUUUUGCUUCAUUGUGUUAGCUAAUUCUAUGGUUGUAGUAUGGCCAACCGGCUUAAAGUUCGAUGGUUGGUGGAGUGAGCUAAAAUACUUUAUUCUCAGUUUGAUCUACAUACAUUAUAACAUAGUGAGUAAAUAACUUCACCGU